AUGGUCUUCACGUCUGGUGCAUUCAAGGAUCGUUCUAUGUUCGAGCUUUUCAUCGACUUGGCAACGGGGCGCCAGCGAGUCGAGGAGAUCGAUCCUCUUGAGGUUGUGGUACAUGGCAGCACGUUGGAUGUGGUCGGUGGCAGCCGUCGCGCCACUGUCUUGAGAAUGCUUCAAGGCAUUUGGGGGCACACUACAAUUCGUGCCCCGUGCCACCUAUUCGCUCCAACCGACCCCAAGGUGGCAAGUCGGUUUCGUGCUAAGGACACAACAACCGGUGGUGCAGGCAUACUGUUUCAUGGUCGACAGCAGGAG